AUGCUGAUGGUUCUGCUAGUAAAAUUGUGGAUUUUACAAACCUUGUCGGUAGCCAAAAAAAAAUUGCUCAAUAAAUUGCCUACAAUACUCCACAAAUACCUCUAUCCUGACACAUGUCCAACUGUUUGCAAAAUAUGGACAUCAUUUGAGGAAUACUAUAACACUAUAUCUGAUUUUAAUUUAACAAAUGAUUGUGCUAUUAACAUAUAUGACAAAGGAAAAGCAUGGAUCAAGUUAUUUUGCUCACUGAAAGAUCUUAGACGUGGAUAUACAAGGGCAAGGGUAACACCAUAUAUGCAUCUUAUGGUAUAUCAUGUCCCAUAUUUUGUUCAGAAUUAUGGUUGUUUCAAGCAAUUUACUGGGCAAGGUGUUGAAAAGAAUAAUGAUGAUGCCAAGUGAGUGAUGUUUCCCAAAUCAAAUAAGUGGGAUGCUGCAACAGACAUUAUCCGCACAGAGAGCAGGCAAUGGGAUUUGAAAGAAAGAGAAAGGUAGAAAGGCACAUACAUUAAACGGAAAUGUGAGUAUUGGGAAGGAGAUAUCAACAAUAGAAGUGUGAAGAGGAUUAUGUUAAAUCCUGCCACCCCUGUUCCUGUUGAUGCUGAAGAUAAUAGCUCUAGUGGUCCUAAUAAUAGCAAUACUCUCAACUAUAGAAAAUCUACUGUUAAGGAAUUGAUCACAAUUGUCAAGGCUAAGGCCCUUCACCAGAAAGGACUACCUAAACUCAAGAAAGUUCAACUUAUUGCUCUUCUUGAGGGAUCAUAA